GGCCGCGGCCGCCGCCUCUCUCGCCGCCCUCCCCGGCACCGGGCCCGACCCCGGCUCUCGCCCUCGGCGGGGGAGGGGCCGCGCGGCAGCUGUCAUGCAGGACCCUACCCCGGCGAGCGGCGGGGCCUCCUGGCUCCAGAAGAUCUUCGAGGAAGUGCGGGGCUCCUCCCAGCUGAGCGUGUCCCCCGCGGAGCCGCCGCCGCUCACGGUGGUGGCGGUGGAGCGGUACCUGGCGGAGGCGCCGCACCCGCCCGAGCCGCCGCCCGCCGCCCCCGCCCCCCCGCUCUACUGGUACGACGUGACGCUGGCGGACGGCGCGUGCCAGGAGCGCUGCCACCUCGCGCCGCGCCUCAACGGCCUGGUCCAGCGCGCGCACCUGCGCGCCGGCUCGCGCCUGCGCCUGACGCGCUGCUCGUACCUGUACGACGAGAAGCGCCUCAACUACGGGUUCCUCUGCCUGGAGGGGCUGGAGCGGGUGGGGGGGCCCGGCACCCCCGCCAGCCCGCCCCGCCGCCGCCCGCCGCCCCUCCGCGGGGAGAAGAAGCACUACCUGCCGCUGUGGAACAACGAGGACCCCUACGGAGACUUGUGGGUGGCGGACAGGCCCCCGGAGAAGGUGGAUGUCGACGUCUCCAGGCUGACUUCUCUCGGUCAGCUGGAAAUGACCUGGAGAAGCAGAGUUCACUUUCAUCCAAUUCUUGUGAGAGUCAUGCACAAAUCUAGACUAAGGUACUACGGGAAACCAGAGAAAAAACAGGAUAUGCCUUAUCAGGCUUACUUUGAAGUUGCUGAUGGUUCAGGCAUGAUGUCAAUGGUUUUGUGGAAUUCAUUAUGCCCUGAAUGGUAUAACAUUAUGAAGGUUGGCACAGUACUUCUUCUUGAGCAAUAUGCUAUCAAAACCAGUUACCCAUUUAAAACACAGCCAACCCCAGGGGAUUCACAGAUGAAGAGAUUUGCUACAAUUGAAAUCAGCCUUAAUGUUCGAGAUCCUCCUACUAAAAUAAGUAUUAUUCCAGAAGAAAUGGUUAAGCCAGAGUGGGGAUUACCUGAAGUUAAAUACAGGUUUAUUACAAGGUCUGAACUGGAUGGCUUGCCAAACAAUCAUUCCUGUGAUGUUAUUGGUCUUGUGACAUUUGUAGGAAGAGCUGAACGAGCAAGAAAGAAAGAAUAUGGUGAAGACUUCUGGCUCUAUCGUUGGGCACAUGCCAUUGAUGGGACCUCAGACCAACCAUUCAUCCUGGAAUUAUUUGCAACUUCUCAGCCAGAUGUAUUUCAGCGUAUUCACCCAAUGACAUAUUUGGUGUGUACACAGAUGAGGGUGGUACGGGACCUCUCUGAGAAUCCUUCCAGUGCAGUUUACCUUACAACUUCAAAUGAAAGUCAAAUAUUCAUUACAGGGUGGCACAAGGGCCAGCCAUACACCAAGGACACCAAAGUGAAGAACUUCAUUCGAUGGACUAAAACACAAAGCGAAGCUGAUCAAAUAAAGAGAACAGUCAUUGGUGGCUAUUAUCCUUUUCCACGACCUCCCAAUGACUUUCUGAAAUAUUGUAAAAACAAUAAAGUUGAAUCAGUUUUAAAAGCCAUAGGUGAAACGGGGAAAGAGAUUGAAAGUUUGCACUACAGAGAGCACAAGCGCAUUGCUGUUCAGGGGAUAAUUAGUGCCAUAAGAUACAUCAGCUGUGGCAAUGCAGCUGAAGAAGCUUCAGGAGUGGAACCUGUUCAGAAAGAUACUUCUCAGUCUCUUGAGAGCUCUACUACAUCCAAAGAAGACUGUGUUGAGAAGGGGGAGAACACCAGCCUUCAAAAUAAAGAAGUCAAGGCUUUACUGGGGUCACAUGGUACUCCUGGGGAACAACAUCAGCACCAAGCUCUGCAGUCAAAAAAGAGUUCAGUGAAGAGAAAGAUACCACGCAGUUUAAAUACAGAUGCAGAACAGGGAAGUGCAUCUGUUACUCCUGUAUCAUCUUACCGUUAUUUCACACGGUCUGCAAGAAGAAAAUUGGGUUUGGAUAAACUUCAACAUGAAGAUUGUGUGCAAGAUAAAAGUCAACAGGCUGUGUCAGACAGUUUGCAGCACUGCACAGACGGAGAAGGAAUGAGUGAUAUAUCUGAAACUGAAGAGCCUGGAAGAACUUGUGAUUCAUGGCAGAGUGACCUGUGGACACAAGUGAAAGACAAGUUAAUGAACUAUUUGCAUCACAGCAAAAUUUUCCCAGAAAGCAUCCCACGUAAAUUUGAUUAUGUGCACAAAGACUUACUUAUGCAACAGUACAACCUUCACGCAGCAGUGCACCAGCCAAAAGAAACCAGAACACAUAAAAAUAUCAAUGAGUUUAAAAGUGCUAGUGGCCUUGGGUAUUAUGAAGUGACAGUUCUGGGUAUAAACCACGAUGUAGCAAUAGAUGUUGCAUUUCUUCCAUUGUUUUGUCCUGAAGAUCCUCACUUAUUUCAAAUAGAAGACACUCAGAAUGAUACAUUACUGUCUUGUAUGAGUUGCAUCUCUGCACAUCAACAGAAGACUGCUAGCAAUGGAAGGCUUUGUGAUGUGUUUCCACUUUCGAAUGAAAUUGUAAAAGCAGCAAUGGACCUGGAUGGCAAGCAUGUUAUCUGCAUCUUGGACAUCUGUCACUUGGGUGAUGAUAAGGUGGAAGUCUUUCUGAGCAAGAUCUACAAGACAGCAGAACCUGAUGUCUUGGAUCCAGUGUAAUUUAAUAAUUUAUUUUUCAAAUGUUUAUAUUGUUCAAAAGGAGGGAAAUAAAAUUGCUUUGAGUACACCCUCUACACAUUGCACUUUUCUAGAACUGGCAGACACAAACAUAAAAUUACGAUUCUUAGAGCAAUUGUAUUGGUCAUCCAUGUAACUGAGAAGGGUAAUUGUGGCCUUUAUUUUGACAGUCUUGAAAUAGAUUACGCAAUGUCUUGGUUACUUAGGUUGAAUGGGCAAUACAGUGAGUGAGCUUGUCUUUUGAUAGGAUACCAAGCAGUAUGAUUAUCAGCUCUUCUCUUCUUGUGCACAUCCAUACAUAGAAAUGUGUAUAUCAGGGUGAGAACUGAGAAGAGAGGCAGGCUUUCCCAAUAUUAAAGGCAAUGUUUGUAACAGAAUGAACUGGCUGUGAUAUAAAUUUAGGCUGGAGAUUAGAAUAAUGUUUAGGUUUAGAAGCUAUUGUAUUCUAUAGUGAUCUUUUAGUGGGAGGUACUAGGGGCAGCCUAACUGCUCUUUAGCCUUCAAGAUUAUUAUGUAUGUGAAAGGGAUUAAAUACUGUGGUGCCUUUAGUAUUGGGAACUGGACUCACUGAUCCAAGAAACCUCUUUCAUUUUGUUUUACCUAAGUAAGGUCAGCUGCUGUGUUUUUAAAUGUCUGCUUUUGUAUAUACAGCCUUGGGUAGGAAGUUUAGCACCCUAAGGUUUUUAACAUAUUUUAUUUAAUAAUUAAAAAAUAAUAAUUUUUAAAAAUGUAAAGUUUGUUAAUGGAACUUGCUUCUAGCUUUGCAAGAGAGGAGCUGUCUUUAAGGAGUGCUUAGCACGGCAGGAUAUCCAGUUUGUCACACCACUGUUUUUUUUUUUUAUGUUGAUCAGCACUGUCCUCUUUCUGUGUAGUAACAGGUGUAUUCUGGGUGCAUGAAGAAGCUCAGCAGCUGCAAGAAGCUGCUGCUUCCACAAGAGCAAGAGCUUCUUGCUCUUUCUUAUAUGAGCUGGCUCCUGCUGAGCUCAGAACCAAGCCCCACUUUUUCCUCCUAUGUCAAACAGCCUCAAGUCAUUUAUACAACUGGAUCCUUAGGCAAGUCUUCUCAAUCAGGAGGUAAAGCACAUUGCUAUUUGACAGCAUGUCCAUGUAAAAUGCUGGUCUUGGUUCAAAUCUUUGUGAAGAAAGGAUUGCAUUAUGGAAGCUUGUCAGUUAAGCUGUACCAUUACUGACCAAAAGCCCAGAGUUAAUUUAUAGGAACAGAUUUUUUUUUUUUUGUGGAAAACUUCUCUGCACAUUUUAGCAGACUGUUGGCAACUGGGAGUAUUACUUUCAGCUAGUAGCUUGCUCACCUGCCCUAGGGACAGUGGACUUUGUCUUCAAGUACUUAAAUCCAUAUUAUGGUAAUUGAAAGAGAAACAUUAUUGUCUUUAUUAUAGUACAAAUUCAUAGGCAGCUUCAGAUAGGAAGUAAAAGGCCUAACAUUCUAAAAAAACAGAUUAUUUUUUUUUUCUGUCUCUCUCGUAUGGUUUACAGUUUAAAAAUGUAUUAAUGAGAAAAGUUUAAAUUGCACAGGGUCUAAGAGUUAAUUAAAUGUGAUUAUGUAUUGUAUGUUUAUAUUUUGUAUUAAUCAUAUAGUGUUAUUUCUAGAGCAAUGUUUGUCAACUAAUGCCUUUCAGAGUACCUUGUAACCUUGCCACAGAAGGGAAAAUGAAAGCAUGCCAACCCAAGAAGACCGUGGUGUUGCUUGCAAUAUGUUAUUUGUGUAAUUUUGUUGCUUAUGGGUAUGUGAAGAUCAGAGGCCAUUGCUCUAGAGUGAGAGAGAAACACCAGCACUUCAUGUACCAAACUGAGCCAUGCUGACUGUGCCAGCCUGUUUUUUUUAUUAAGAUAUACUUCAAAUCGAAGUCUAAUUUUAAUGAAACCAGUAUUUCUAGAAGCAAUUUUUAAAUUAAUCAUCUUUGUGUGAAGGGACUGAUGUGGCUAACACUGUCAAAGAGCCACUCUAGUCAGUUGUUCUAGUCACUUGAUCCAUUCCAUACCAUAGCAGUUCAGCAAAGGCUGCUGCGUUGCACUGCUUACUACCCUUCAAACAUGUAGCAUUAAUCACUCCAUUCUCCAUGUUAGGACUUCCUAACUCUAAAAUAAAUAUCAUAAUGUUGUGGAAUAUGUGUAAUAUGCUCUUGAGACUUUAAAGUACAUAAUUUUAUUUUUCAGAAGGGUGAUUUGAAAUUUUUCACGGAGAAAGCUGAGGAGAGAUAUUUGCCCUUGCAGAAUGAAGUGCCGAUGUUAGAAGCACAGGCUCUCUCUGUGUGUAGCUAGAGAACGCUCAACGCCUGUAGUAGACUUGGAAUUUCAAUACUCUAGGUCAUACUGUAGAAGCACUUACCCCAAGUUACACUGCAUUGAAAUACUGACUUCAGUUUCUGAAGUGUUGCAGUGUUAAUAUCUCAUUCCACCGCUCUACCUCCCUCCUCCCUGCCAAACCAGCACUGUAGCACUGGGGCGAAGGUCCUCUCUGCAGAGAAACUACUUGCUGUUAUAUUUCACUGAGUGUUUUUUGACACAAGUAUAAAACCAAAGUUUUUUUGAUCCUGAGUCUGUCAAAACGUUAAUUUGCCUUGUUAAACCAAGAUACAGUAUCUGUACUCCUGCAAAAUGUCAUAGGAAUCGUCUUUCUUGCUGCUCUAUAUUGCCACUGCUGAUGGUAAAAUACUAUCAAACACUUUUUCUAGCUGUAGAAUUCAUCCCCAACCAAAUAACUGUACUAUAAAAUCUUGAGUUUGCAUGUUUCUUGUGUUUUCAGCAUUAAUUUCAAAGAAAAGCAAAAGAAGGUAGUCUGUAUGUAGCUAAUGGUACUUUUGUUUGUAAAACUUGUUAAGUCAUAGAUCUUAGAGGUAAGAUCAGUUUUGAAUUAAUGUGAUGUAGAAUUAGUGCAGCACUGAAGCCUGCAGAAUAUAAAUAAAUGAAUUAAUAUAUGUAAA